ACCCCCCUUAUGGUGUUUAAUCCCUGGCUAUUUUUGGCGUGUGCACCAGAUCACCUAAGACAAUGGCCAGAGACCUCUGAUUUGUUCACAGAUUGUUCAGGACAUGACUAGUUCUCCUGGAAACUAGUUUAUCUCUCUUUUCCUGGUAGCAAGCAUUCAGGGCAUUACAAUUGAAUGACCUCAUCAUUCUUUCUUCUUUCCAGGAGGACUUUACAAAGUUGGAGGUCAGGGUGAACCUACCAGCAGAGGACCUGACCCCAACCCCUUUCUGCAUGCAUCCACACCUCUUCCCAGGUCACUUCCAUAGGCAUCUGACUUGCUGACCUCCCAUAAAGGAGAAAGGGCCAUUUUGAGUGUCUGGGGAGGUCUACUGGCUCUUGCUUCAAGUCUCUACAGAUAAACUUGGAGAUAAACUAGAGUCUGGGUUCCCAGACUCUACAACCCAACCAGUUGAAGUGGGGUGGGGAUGAGGAUCAACUUAAGUGAAUACCUCUGUACUUUCUCCUUACUGCCCCUCCCAGGAACAGACAAAACAAAACAAGUCUAGGAAGCAAGUCUUUCCUUGAGUGAUGUCAGGAGAUCUUCCUUUGGAAGCAAAAACCUCACUUCCUCCUAUGGACCCUGAAAGUCUCCUCUCAGAAGAUGAGGGCCUCAAGCCCGCAUUGGUUUACUUGAAAUCUGUGUUUAGGUCCCAGCAUGUGGCAAUAUGCUCCACUCUGAUGACACUUUUCGUUUCUAAUAAUAGAGCAGAUGAAGUAAUAUUGCAAUUGAUGUUCCCGGGAAUUUGAUUGGAUAAGUACAUAAACUGUGGCGGGGGAAGGAGGUUGUAUGGACGGAUCACAUUAGUAUUCCUGUCCUAUCAAUGUGCCGGGCCGCGACCAACGUCAGCCGGACCGACUCCGUAAGUCUGCCAGUCCCGCCACGGAUUCAUCUGCGACCCUUAAACAGACCAGCGGGUAGAGACUGGGAUCAAAGCAGCUGAUUACAGCCUAUUACAGCCUAUUGCUGUACGGCCUGGAGACCGUAGAGGGAGAGGAAAGGGGAACUGCACGCCGCUGCGGGAAGACACUGAAGCAAGAGCGACACCCCCUACCGCCCCGCACCUUGCAGCGCAGGCUUUGAAAGCUGCUCCCCCAUCUGAAUGGAAACUCGGAACCGCCCGGCAGCGCGUUCCUUCUCCCUCAGUUUUGCAAUCCAUGCGGAGAGGAAGGCGGUGCGAGCCGGCUGCAGCAUCCAGCUCCCGGGACAGGGCCGGCGAUGCUGCUGAGCAGAACUUGAUUGCUCCUCUUCCUCGCUGCUAGUGGAAGCGAUGCACCGCACAGCCAGCUCUUCCCCGGCUCUCCUUCAAGCUGAAGGUUACCCACCCGCUCAGCCAGCCCCAACCUUGUGAGCCGCGCGCGUCGGGUCCCGGCUCCCGCUGCUUGGCGGCGGCGUGCAGGGCAACCAACUGGCCGCCCGCGCCGGGGCGCACUGCACCAGCAGCUUCGGCUUGGUGGAUGUGUAUGCAUGAGUUCUGCACCGAAUGGGCGCAAAAAGCGCCCCAGCCGGUCCACCCGCUCCUCGAUCUUCCAGAUCAGCAAGCCUCCGCUGCAGAGCGGGGAUUGGGAGCGCAGGGGCAGUGGCUCCGAAAGCGCCCACAAAACCCAAAGAGCCCUGGACGACUGCAAGAUGCUUGUCCAAGAGUUCAACACGCAAGUGGCCCUGUACCGAGAAUUGGUCAUUUCUAUUGGGGACGUCUCGGUCAGCUGCCCCUCACUACGGGCGGAAAUGCACAAGACAAGAACCAAAGGCUGUGAAAUGGCCCGUCAGGCGCACCAAAAGCUGGCUGCCAUCUCAGGCCCAGAAGAUGGUGAGAUACAUCCGGAAAUCUGCCGGCUUUACAUCCAGCUGCAGUGCUGUCUAGAGAUGUACACAACAGAGAUGCUGAAAUCCAUUUGUCUACUGGGAUCUCUUCAGUUUCAUAGAAAAGGAAAGGAAGCUAGUGGAGGAGCGAAGACUUUGGACUGCAAGAUGGAUGAGAGUGCUGAGUCUCCCGCCCUGGAGGACUCCUCGUCACCCCCUGCAGAUAGCCAGCAGCACUCCUGGCAGGUUUCCACAGACAUUGAGAACACGGAACGAGACAUGCGAGAAAUGAAAAACCUUUUAAGCAAACUCAGGGAAACUAUGCCUUUACCAUUGAAAAAUCAAGAUGACAGCAGCCUUCUGAAUCUAACUCCUUAUCCCCUGGUUAGAAGACGGAAGAGAAGGUUCUUUGGGCUGUGCUGUCUAGUCUCGAGCUAGGCAGCUCCUCCUGGAAACCCACCACCAGAUCACCUGGAAGACAUCCCAGAACCUGAUGACCUCCACACAGCGGAAUACCGUGAUUGGUUUUGACUAUGUUUUCUAUGCUUCCUUAUUACUUUUACCUGCCUCCUCCUGCCCCUUUAAAUAAUUUUACACUUGAAAGCAGCUGCCAUCAAGAAAAGAAAAAGAACAGAUUCAAAAAGCAGGCUGUUUUUAAAAGGAUUUUUAAAGUUGACAUUGUGCAUGUCUACUCUGAACCAUGCCAUGACAGAUGCAAGAAUUAUGAUUUUUAGAUUAUUUAAAGAUUUUUUAAAAUGUAUUAUAGAGAAAAAAUAUUUCACAUAUAAUAGUAUAUCUAUAGCUCUUACUGAUCUCAUGUUAGCAAUUUAUCAUAUAUGGAAGAUGUCUUUAAGCAUAGAAAUCUAUUUAAAGCAGUAAAACUGUGUUCAAAAAUCCAAACUAUGAGCAUCAUUAGAAAUAAUAUUAUAAUCCAACAUAUGCCACCUCACACAUUGCUUUAUCUGCACUCAUUUACAUUUAGUCUUCCAUUCUGUCAAAAUCUAAAAGUGUCAUCAUAAAAUAUCCUAAUUUAUAAUGCAACAAAACCAUAUAUGGAAAAUACAUUUUGUAAAUACACAAUAAUCCUACCUUCAUACAAUGCAUACGGGCAACUAAUUUCCUUUUGACCCAAUGGUGUCUUUUUCAGUUUCUUGGAGAAUGAAGUCAUCCAGUUUGGAAAUGUUGUAGUAACAUACACAAUUACCCUCAGAUGUAAAAUUGAAUAUUAUCACACUUUGUUCUCAUUGAAAUCUGAAGCAUGGGGUCUGCACAUCAGCCUAGCGUUAAAUCUUAUAGGGCAUGCUGGAAUUAGCUCAGAUCGUAACAAUAUCUAACAUUUUACAUUAUUAAUAAAAUGACAUUUUAGUUAAGCUAAGUGUGUCUCAUUUUAGAUGACUAUGCAGAUAGGACUUUUCCAAUGUGUACUUCGUGUCUUGUCUUAUGCUUACUCUUGAGAGCAGGACACAUUAAGCAAUACUGUAUUUUAGAAAUGAGGAGGCCAUGCUCUUUGUUUUUCUGCUCACAGCUUUGUUGUGGUCUUCCUCCACUAAACUUGUAAUAUGGUACAAAUUUUGUUAUAUUUUCUCCUGUUCAUCCUCUGACCCCUUUCCCAGACAGAAUUUCCCCUGAGUUUUCCCCUUUUUUUUUUUGCAUAGUUUGAUAAAUCUUCAAACUAGAUUGGAGGCACCAGUGUCCAUUCUAAAGAAGAAUGAACUAACUGCCUACAAAUGAUUUAUCCAAUCCCCAAACCCUGGUUAGGCAUUUAUUUGUACACUAAUAUCUUGGCCUAAAAACUAAAUAUAUUAAAGCCAUUAGCUUUAGUGAAAAUGAAAAGCAUGUAUAAUAAUUGUAUUAGGUUGAAUUAUAUGAAGAUGGCACUAUUUGACUGUUUUAACCUAUAAAAAUGACAAUUUCAUAUAGUUCAACCUAAUCUCUGGAAUGAAAAUUAUACAGUACAUAGAAUUCUCUUCUAGCUUUUUAUAUUAAAUGUGAAAGAAUUCAGGGAUGGAAGAGGUCUUAAAAGGCAUCUUCGGUCUGUAUUUGAUUCCACCACAUGCUGUUGGCCAUAUUCCUGACAUCCCACAUUGUGUUCCACUGAGCCAAUAAUUAAUGCAUGGACACAGGUAAAAUGCCUGGCUUUACUAAAAGAAGUACUUUUGGUGAAUUAUAUGAGGAAAGAUAAUUUUCUAAAUCACAUAUUCAUGAAACAAUAGAAAAUGUAUUAUUUAAAGACUCUAUGGUGAUUACUUCUUACAAAGCAGGUCACCACUCCCAACUCCCCUGGCCUGCCAUCCUUGGUUUUCAUAAAUAAACCUUCAAUAAGGCCUCCUACUCUCUCCUGAAUCUGCUCCCUUUCACCUCCUGAGGAGGUCUCACUUACGAACUAUUGCUUUCAAAAUGCCAUGGCCUCAGCUCCCAUCUCUGCCCCCUCCCACACUUUGACUAUAUUGAACCCUUAAUUUCUAGUAAUCCAUGCAAAGUUACUAACUGCUACAGCAGACUGUGGUGUCCAGCACUCUCUGGCCUAAAUCACUUCUGCUUUGUUCAUUUGUGCUCGCUCUCGCCUUAGUCUCAGUGUGAAAGUAACACCUUCUGUGCAAUUGUCCUUUGUAUAACUGAAGACUGUUAAUAAAUUCAGGUCUCACCUCCAUGUCUGAGAAGGCUGUCAUAGCUAUUCAUGGAGAUGGGAAUUUGUCUAAUUACCUAGCCAGACUUUCCAUACCUAAAGUAAUAGAGCCAACCACCUUUUCUUUUAUUCAGUGCCUGUUUUCCAGCCUUUGAUCAGUUUUAUAGUUCCCAUAGACACACUCCAAGAUUUAUAAAUGCUCUUUCAGUAGCGGGUCCUAAAAUGACAUAGUACUCAACAUUCUGAUAACUACAUUGACUCAUGGUUGCCAUGGGUGAUUCACCAUCUCCCCUCAUACUCCUGUGCAUCCUGUAGGAGCUGCCCCCUCUCUCCUCUCACCUGCCAAAGGACUUUCUCAGGUAUGGUUCCAUGAGAUAAAGUUCUGCUGUCUUGUCUUCCUGCUGGUAAUUGUCUUUACACUAAACAGUAACACUCAGCUGAUCUCUAAGGGUAGGAGAGAAUACUGAAUCUAUUUUCUCUCGUGUACCCACAUGCCUGAAAUAGAAAGGGAUGAAACUCUCUGUGGCACACACUCAUUCUUUUAAACCCUUAUUUUAAAAUCCUAUGUUAGUUUUUUCCCCCAAACUACAAAGUACGCAUUUGUUAUGGGACACCUGAACAAUGCCACAACAUAUAAAGAAAUAAACAUCACAUAAAUGCCACCACAGUCAACUACUUUAAACCACAUUUCUCUGGGCUUUAAAUCAGUCUGAAUUGACCCCAAAGACUCUUUUGGAUAGGAUACAUGAAGUGCCACACAGCCAAAGGGUCACUACAAAAAUCUGACCAGUAGCCAGUUGUGGCGGCAGGCACCUUUAAUCCCAGCACUCAAGAGGCAGAAGCAGGUGGAUCUCUAUGAGAUCGAGGCCAGCC